AUGCACUGGAAUAUGUGCCGAUACUCGUUGGUGUUCGUGGUGAAGAGAGAUCAUCUGAGCCGGAUCAUCAAAAUUGUCAUUGAACACGACGAUCGAAUACGGUUCAUCGAUCAUGUAAUGGUUUAUCAUACCGGCGUUCAAGCCACCGUCGAAGUGCACAUUGUCUUGGAUGAAAAUCUUCCUCUCAAGAUUACGCACGACAUCUGUCAUCCGUUGGAGAAAAAGCUACUGAAACUCGAUUUUGUCGAGCGUGCCUUUCGUCCACUGCGACUACGACUGUGA